AUGGAGACCGCCAAGCAAGCCGCCAACUACGUCUCGGAGACCGUCCAGGGUGCUAUCUCUGGUGCCUCCAAGGAGACUAACAAGGAAAUUGCCAAGGACAGCAACGCCAAUGUCGGCACCCGUCUGUCCGCUGCCAAGGACGCCGUCGGUGACAAGCUUGACGAGAGCGGCCACAACGCCAAGGCUGACGCCCACAAGGAGAUCGCCAAGAACUAA